GAAGGACACACUUAAUAAAGACGGACACAUUCAAUUAAGAAGGUUCAAUAAAGAAGGACACAUUUAAUAAAGAAGGACACGUUCAAUAAAAGUGGACACAUUUAAUUUAUUGAAACAUUCAUUUCUAUUCCUGAAAUGAAACGCUCACAUCUGAAGAUCAUCAAAUGUUUUGGGAAAUAUUUCCUCUUCAGUCUGCCAUCAGCAGCGCUCAUGUAUAUAUGGAUGUUAUUGAUAUUUGCAAACUUUGAUGCCGUCCCACAGACAGACACAGUAGCAUCACGUGACGGCUCAAAGCAGCUCAAAGAACAAAUUGUUCCUUGGACCCAUGUAGCAAGCAAGAAAAGCACCAGUGUUCCUAUUAAUUAUUCUAAUGGAGAGAACCAGCACAGGCUACAAGUUAUUAGUAAGUGCAUUUUUCUUCCUUAGUGAAGUAGAUAGCGCACAUUCCACAAAUGUAGAUCACAUUCAAUAAAAUGUGGUGUCAAACUUUCAACGCAAGGGAAUCUAGUUGUUUCUCUGAGCUCUGAUUAGUUCAUGAAGUUGAAACAAAAUAAAACGUAAACAUGUGAGUUCAGCAUUAGGUUCGUGAAGAUUAUUGGGAGUACGACUCGUCUGUAACAAAUCCAGGAUUAAGACAUGUUGGGCUCUAUGGAUUUUUAAAUGUAUUAAUAAUUGUAGACCCAUUGUGUUGUGUGUAAAUAUAAGCUUUAAAGAAGGGGAUCACAUGUCUGCGCCAGAGAUUAAUGUUAGCAUUAGAAUACAAUUAAAAUAUUGAACAACCUUUUGGUUACUAAUAGUUGCAUUUAUUUAUUUAGGAGACUUCAACGACGUCACUUUUCCAGCAUUUGUGGACAGUGAUGACCCUAACGGGCCAGGUAAUAUGAAAUAUUUCAUACGUCACUCUAACGUGCCAGGUAACAUAACAUAAACAUAUAGGUCAUCAUAAAAGACCAGGUAAAUACAUCACAAAUGCUUACGUCAUCUUCCCGGGUGAGAGGAAAAAUAUCAUACAAGUCUAGAAGUGGCGUAGCAAGGUAUAGCGCCACCUGGGCGGAACAAGCUUUUGGCAACCCCAAUCAUAAGAAUUUGGCCUAAAGAGACACCCUUCUCAUAAAGGUGACGAGCCCCCUCCACACCCCUUCCUACGCCGUCACUGUAUCAUCAAGAUUUCUUCGAAACUAAAGGAACAUUUAAAGGUCCAAAACUUGGGGUAUAAUUAAGAGAUCAAAAGUAGAGUAAGAAAAUGUUGAAAAAAAAAACAAAAAAAAAACUGAACGCAAAGUUAUUUCAACAUCAAUAAAUCACCCUCAAUAAAUCACCCUCAAUAAAUCACCCUCAAUAAAUCACCCUCAAUAAAUCACCCUCAAUAAAUCACCCUCAAUAAAUCACCCUCAAUAAAUCACCCUCAAUAAAUCACCCUCAAUAAAUCACCCUCAAUAAAUCACCCUCAAUAAAUCACCCUCAAUAAAUCACCCUCAAUAAAUCACCCUCAAUAAAUCACCCUCAAUAAAUCACCUUCAAUAAAUCACCCUCAAUAAAUCACCCUCAAUAAAUCACCCUCAAUAAAUCACCCUCAAUAAAUCACCCUCAAUAAAUCACCCUCAAUAAAUCACCCUCAAUAAAUCACCCUCAAUAAAUCACCCUCAAUAAAUCAAGCCCAAUAAAUCAUCAUCAAUAAAUCACGUUCAAUAAAUGAUUAUCAAAAAAUAACGUCCAUUAAUUUCUGUUCAAUAAAUCUUCAUCACUAAAUCACGUUCAAUAAAUCCUGUUCAAUAAAUCACGUUCAAUCAAUCACGUUUAAAAAAUCCCGUUCCAUAAGAACCAAAUACAAAGUCAAUCUAUAACGCUCACACCAUCGACCAAUGUGACGGACGGAUGCCAGCAAAAUUUAUGCGUAUAACAAGAAAUUAAAUUGAUUGUAAAUGUAUGGAUGUUGCUGGGCUUACGAGAACUUAAACUCGUAAUGUUAAUACGGUCGUAAGUAAUGCAUAAUAAAGACAGAAUAAAGGAACUACUAAACAAUUUUGUCUGACACAUGCGGGGAAUAACACAACAUAAAAACGCCUUGCACACUCUUCUUUUGUAUCAUUGUGUCUUGAACAUAACGUUAAUGUUGAUCACUUGACGUUGUAUGUCGUCUCUGUAUGAUUGGUUGGUGGUUUCAAUCAGUUGUUAGUUGUAUGUUGUCUCUGUAUGAUUGGUUGGUGGUUUCAAUCAGUUGUUAGUUGUUUUUCGUAUUGUUGUUUGUAAGACUUGUUCAAGGCAAGAACGUUAUUGAAAAGACAAACAAAUCAGGUCAGUAUUCCAUUGGAUCAAAUUCUCAUUAAAUAACGUUUGAAAAUGUUUUAAAAAAAAUAAAGGUAUAUAAAGUUCGAUCAUUUGUUACUUUACACAAAUUUAGUUAAAUAAUAUGGAAAUUUGAAUAUUCCGUUGGUUCUAACAAUUGAUGAUUUAAUUUCCAGGGGCAAAUGGCGUGGCCGUGACCAUAGAAGAAAAAGAUCUUUCUGAAAGUGACAGACAGGCUUACAAGAGAGGGUGGCAACAGCACAACUUCAACGAAUAUGUUAGUAACAUGAUAUCAGUGCACAGGAGAUUGCCAGCUUGUUCACAUGAACUGUGAGUUCUGUCUCUGUCUCUAUGUGAGCCGUGAGUCUUGUGUCUGUCUCUAUAUGAUUUGUGAGUCAUGUGUCUGUAUCUAUAUAAACCGUGAGUCCUGUCUUUGUCUCUGUAUGAGCCGUAAGUUCUGUGUCUGUCUUAAUAUGAACCGUGAGUCGGGUGCCUGUCUCUUUAUCAGUGCUUUCCAUCCGGUUCAUGUUGGUGACACAAUGUUUAGACACACAUCUUUUCACAACACAAUAAUUCGAUUUUACCAGCAUACUAACACAUUUGAAUUCAAGACAUACUGGCAGAUACAUUAAGUUUAAUAAAGCAAUGUAUGAUAUCACAACAUAUCUCAUCUCAUAAAAACCUUUCAUUUAUAUUGAUACGUGCCAUGAUGGUUUUGAAGAUUUAAUCUAUAUUAAUAGUUGGCUUGUAUAGGAAAAAAAUUUCACAAAAGACUGAAAAAACAGUAUGCAAAGAAAACGAUACCAAAUCUAGUGAUACUUAAGACAUUUAAUUUAAUUUUAUAUUUAAAAAAAUUAAAUACACAUUUGAGAUCAGUAGCAAAAAUUGCUAUCUUUCUCUCUCUCUAUCUGUCUCGAUCUAUCCAUCUAAGUCGUGCUAUGUCUAUCGGCUAAGAAAAGUGGCGGGUUUUACAUAGAAAUUAAAUCUGAACGUUCUAGUAAAGUAAAUCUAGAAAUUGCGUCACCUAACAUUCUUGAGAACAAAUCGAACUCAUGCGGACGUAAACACAAUUUUCUGAAGCCAAGAAAGGGGCGGGCAGGGAAGGAGUGACCCAGCACAGUUAGAUGGUGACGUAAAUAUCAAGCUCAUCCAAUUAGACAUGUUGUGGUUGGUAAAAAGAGCUGUAUUUUAAAGUUUAAAAUUAACCCUCGACAUACCCUAUACUAGGCUAUAUAUAACAUAUAUGUUUGAUGUAAUGGGGAAAAGUCAAUAAAGAUCUCAUGUUCACCGUUUUCGCACACUAUUUUUUCCAAUUCCAACCACUCUUAUAACAUCUAAUCCUUAUUGAGGAAAUAAAAUGUUCAUCAUUCAUGUGAUUGAAAUGGAUUCCACAUCCUGUCGUAGUCUUGGAUUUCAGCAUUAAAGAAAUGUUUUAUUUGAACAUUUUCUUGGAUCAUAUGUUGCACAUAUUUGAUAUACCGCUUUUAUUUUUACUUUCAUUAUUUUAAUGCUUGUGUUUAUUUUAUCUGAGUUUUCAAAUGUUUCAUAAGAACUAGCAUUUUUAAAAAAAUUAGUCCACAUAAUUCAUUUAAAAUAUUUUCUUUAAAAAGCGUAAGUGUAGUUUUUCUCAAUUCAUAGGCACGUGUAUCAGAGCUACGACAUUUGGACCUGUAGUAUCACCUUUUCAGAUGCUGACACCAUUUCUUCGCAAAUCUUUGUGAAAUUAUUUUUAUUAUUAUCUUGGCUUAUUUUCGCGCGACACACCUACACGCUGCAGGCUAAACACUACUGUGUCGCUACACACUUACACGCCGAAGGCAAAACAAUACUAUUUGCGACACACAGCUUGGAAAGCAUUGCUCUAAACUGCACAUGAUCUGUCAAUAUCAUGCCUAUCUUGUGCAAACGUGAUUUGUUUAAUAUCGUGUCUAUCUUUGUACUAACGUGAUCUGUCAAUAUCGUGUCUAUCUUUGUACUAACGUGAUCUGUCAAUAUCGUGUCUAUCUUUGUACGUACGUGAUCUGUCAAUAUCGUUCUAUUUCUAUGCUACGCUUUCAGUGAAUUCAUGUUAAGUUGAUUAGGUCGUAACAUCUUUUCCUCCAGAUGUAAGAAAGCCGUCAAGUCGUUCAACGGCUCACUGGAUCCACUAAGUGUCAUCAUCAUAUUCCACAACGAGGCUUGGUCCACACUUUUAAGAUCUGUUCACAGUGUCUUAUUAACACAAAAAGUUUGACAAAAUAUAUUUCAUAACUUAUGUGUCAACAAUGAUCAAAGGCCAUUUUUAUAACCUUGAUUGCCCCCCCCCCCCAACUCACUUCUUUAUUUCAAAGCUUUUUUGGGAGCUCCACUGGACAAAUACUUCAGUCCAUUCCCCAAAGUAAAAAUAGUUCGAUCUCAGAAGAAGAUGGGUUUGAUCAAAGCAAGACUCUUGGGGUUUGAGGCGUCCACCGCCCCAGUGGCUGUGUUUUUGGAUGCUCACAUUGAGUGUUUCCCAGGUAUUUGAGACAUAACAUUCAUGCUGAGCACUUGGUUGUCACGAACAUAUGUCAUAAGUUAUAGAGUCGGAAUAAAUCCCCUGCUCAGAAUGCUUUUUUGCUUUUCAAUAAAUCACAUUUUCUCCAUCUUUUAUUUCUCAUCAUUCCAACCUACAAUGACGUCUUCAGAUUGGGCUGACUCGUUGUUACUGCAGAUCAAAUUGAACCCUAAGGCCGUUGUAUUUCCACUCAUUGAUAGCAUCAACGACAAGACUUUCGGUGUCGGCUGCAACAACAAUCCUAUACACUACGGAACUUUUCAUUUCAAAAAUCUGUUUUUUGAUUGGAUAGAGAUUCCAAAACGUGAGUUCGACAGGAGGAAGGACAUUACAAUACCUUUCAGGUGAGCCAACAAUACUAUUGAGGUAAGCCAACCUUACUAUUCCAGAUAUGACGCUUCAAUAAAAUAACAUUUACGGACAAAUGUUAGAAUCUUCACAAUUUUUUGGACCAAACUUUUUUUAAUGACUAAUUUGUAUAUAUAUGUUUUUUAAAUUAAGAAGCUGAAAAAAAAAUAUCCGUUUGCCUAAAUUCCUAUGACCCUGUCAAAUAUCAAACACAUAUCUUUUAACGACAAUGGCUUUAGACCGUGAGACAUAAGUCUUUUUUAAAGUGUUACCUUAGUUUUUGACUUUCUUGCCAUUUUUCUACACGUUAUGAGUAGAAAAGUUUAAAACUAUUUUUAAAAAAAAUGUGUUUUACAAUGUCUCAUUUCUCAAGAACAUCCUAAAGUUCUUACGGACAUUAACGGACAAGUCAAUUUUUGGUUAUAUUUUAAGGAAUGUUUUAAAUGGGUUGGCCACCAUGGUGAAAGUAAAAAGAAAAUUUUUCGGUGCUCGCUCGAUUACGUUUAUGAGACACGAACAAAUUGUGUCAAUAUAAAAUUGUAUGUUAAGCUUUAAUAAUUUUACAUAAUACACUAGUAAACUUUUCAGCACAUGCCUUCGUCAGUAUAACAACAAAAUAUUCAAAUAAGUAUCAAUUAAAUGUACAUAAUAUGCAUUUACUAUCUAGAAAAGGAGAAAAAAAUAGCAGUGGGCUCAAAAAACGAGAAAGAAAAAAGUAUAGAAGAAUGGAAAGGAAGUGACUUGGAGUAAAAUGAAAAAAAAAAAAGCCCAAACAGGAAAAAGACAUGGCAGUUUCGUAAAAUUGUGGGUUUGGUUUAUCCCGUAUGGAGUCAACGUACCAAAUCUUGUUAUCAAUUUAUUCUCCAUAUAGAUUCUAUCCGGUGUGUUAUUGUAUACAGUGUACGUGUAACUGCGAUGUCUAACAUUCCAUCAUGGCUAGUGCUAGUGAAAUGUUUGGAGACCGGACAGAGAGCCUGUUUAUUUACGUCAUUGAAGUGUUCUCUAAACCGGUCUCCAAGGCGAUGACCUGUCUGUCCUACGUAUAAUUUACCGCACUAUUUACAAAGUUUUUAAAAAUUUAAAUUGUUUUUUUUAUAAACUGCAAACGUUUUGUUUAUAACUAAAAUUGUCAUCACUUUAUAUUCUUUUUAUAUGUUUAUUAUUUUAUGUGUUCAUUCUUUUUAUGUUCAUUCUGUUUGGACAGGGCUCCAGGUUAUCUUAUUGAGACGACGACGCUAAAAAAUAGUCAUUAAUUAAAGUUUUAAAAUCAUAACGGAAUAGGAAUUCCUGAACAGUAUCUCCCAAUCCUCCCACUACGCCAACAGCUAUUUCUCACGGUCUGUCUAUAAAGAGAUAUUUGCAAGCUUAUAUGAAACAGUUCCGCCUUUCUGGUCCCAACAAUUUUUUCAGAUGAAAGUGAUAAGGUGAAUAAUGCUAGCUUUGAUGGAGUGAUUAACAGGCUAGUGUGUUAGAAGUCCAGGAUAGCUCAGUUUUAACUGUAAAGAAUAAUUUUUAAAAUGCCGUUACCUCAAAUUCUACGUUUUCCUAUUAUGUCUUUUCUGCUUCAGUGCUUAUUUUACGAAGUUUCUGUAUGAUUUGGUUAAGAAUUACACCAUGCAGGUACGGGGGUGGGGGUUGGUGGGUUCUGAGGGGGGUGGCCCCACGACUUGACCACGGCGGAGGACACCAACUCCAGUGACGCAUCUGCUCAGCCCACCGCCAAAAGCAAGAUUUACUACCUCAAGAUAACUGUUGGCAUGCCCAAAUUCUUAAGUAACAAUAUACACCCCUUACACAGCACAAGUAGGAUUUUUAUAUUUAAACAAUAUUUGGUUACUUAUAUGUUGGACUAGCCGUACUGUGUAAGGUAAAACGUAUUGACUAUAAUCUACUUACAUUUUUGUUUUUGAAAACUAUAGGUAAAUCUUAAUUAUAUUAAAAUUAGUUUCUCAAGCUUGAAAGGGUCGCAAUAGUUCUUCCCGUGGUCGUCAUAAUGUCCUCGGUACGCCUCUGCUUGGCAGUUAUCUAUGCCACUUAAAAUAGGAAACCAUUGUGUUAAGCCUAAAACUUAUUUUUUUAUUACCAAAUUAUUUCAAACUUUCAGAUCACCUGUAAUGCCCGGGGGUCUCUUUGCCAUAUCUAGAAAAUUCUUCAUAGAACUUGGCACCUAUGAUCCAGAGAUGGACUUUUGGGGUGGAGAAAAUAUUGAGCUCUCAUUUAAGGUACAUACAAUUUACAUCAUAUCUUUUGCAUAGAUGCAUCCUACAUUAUGUAUCUUUAUAAAUUGAAAAAAAUCAUCAUUCCAUGUAAUAGAUGUACAGUUAUUUGAAUCUUACCACUUAUCCACUAUGACCUAAUUUAACCAGACCUGGAUGUGUGGUGGCGCUUUAUUGAUGGACGUUUGCUCGCAUGUGGGCCACGUCUUUCGCUCUAGCGUUCCCACUAAGGGGGCCCCCAAUGCUGUCAUCAAAAACUCAAUGAGAGUGGCCGAAGUGUGGAUGGACAACUACAAAAAUUACUUCUAUGAGGCAACAAAUUACCAAACUGUAAGUGAUGUUGUCAUGGCACGUUAACCAAUUCUACUACACACGUUAACCAAUUCCACUACACACGUUAACCAAUUCUACUACACACGUUAACCAAUUCUACAACACACGUUAACCAAUUCUACAACACACGUUAACCAAUUCUACUACACACGUUAACCAAUUCUACUACACACGUUAACCAAUUCUACAACACACGUUAACCAAUUCUACAACACACGUUAACCAAUUCUACUACACACGUUAACCAAUUCUACUACACAAGUUAACCAAUUCUACAACACACGUUAACCAAUUCUACAACACACGUUAACCAAUUCUACAACACACAUUAACCAAUUCUACAACACACGUUAACCAAUUCUACUACACACGUUAACCAAUUCUACAACACACGUUAACCAAUUCUACUACACACGUUAACCAAUUCUACUACACAAGUUAACCAAUUCUACUUCACACGUUAACCAAUUCUACUACAACAAUUUUAAGAUUUGACGAUGUAAAUCGAAAAAGGUUUAAAAGAAUUCAAUCAUGUUGGAUUGUAAAAAGGGCGGGGUGUCAGUUACUGGCGGCGCAUUUCCCACGAUAUGAAUCGGCGCCAUUUUCGGUCAAAUAAAAAAGGAUUUUUUGUUUAUUCGGGGUGGCAUAAAACGUGUCCCUCCCCGAGCUGAACUAAAUCUUGCCACGUCACUGUUUCUGUUAUUUUAUUGAAAUCUUCAGAUUAACUUUCGAAUUUGACAGGUAGACUACGGUAAUGUGACAGAUCGUAAAAUUCUGCGAGACGGCUUGAAAUGUCACAGCUUUGAGUGGUUUCUGAGAAAUGUCUUUCCUGAACUUGUCAUACCUCACGGUAUAGAUUAUGUAGGCGAGGUAGGUCGUUGUUACACAAGUAUAUAUAUAUAUAUAUAUAUUGACGUUUGUAAUCCUAGCAAUAUAAAAUUAUCAAUUAAAGCUGCUUUAGGUAGCCUAAUUUAGAAGACGGUCAGACCAAAAAUCAUGAGUUGAGUGGUGGCAUAAUCUGCUCGCUGCUACCUCACACAAGUGGUUUAGAGAUUAGUUUAACUACAAACCCUCAGUCAAUAAUACUUUCUUGUCAGAUAUUUUCUGGAAUGAAAAAUAUUUUUUGUCACACUGAUUUUUUUAAAAGAUUAUAUUAUAACACAAGGAGAAAUGCUAUUGUAUUUCCAGUUCAUUAAAUUUAUUUUCCCGGGGAACCAUUCAACCAAAUUUCCCGUUUAUCGAGUUUUUCUUCCACAUGAGUUUAGAAAUGUAGCAGCCCAAAAAUGUUUGGAUAGUGGAUUCAAGUCAGAGUCCAAACCCGUUAUGCAUGGAUGUCACGAACAAGGACAUGAUCAGCUGUGGUAUUUUAACAUCAAUCACGAAGUCUAUCUAGAAAACAUGUUUAUCUGUGUCCAAAAAAUGGUUCUACAGCCCUUGAAUUGUGGCCACUGCCAUUCUAGCGUGAAUCCACUCCAUCACUUAUCUUUUCCCACUUCAGAUCAGGAGUGCGGCGGCCCCAAAAUGUUUGGAUAGUGGUUCCAGUACUGAGCCUGGACUCAUUAUGUAUGGCUGUCAUGGACAAGGCAAUAAUCAGCUGUGGUAUUUUAACAACAAUCAUCAAAUCUUUCGGGAAAACAUUUUUCUCUGUGUCAAAAAUGGCUCUACAGUCCUUGAGUUGAAUAAAUGCUCCUCUCAGGGAAACUGGAGGUAUCAAGAGGUAAGUCAAUGAAUUGCACCGAGAGCUUUAUCAAUGAAUUAGACCUUCAGGGGAACUCGUAUUACCGAGCGGUAGGUAAAACAAAUACACCUACAAGGGAACUCGUAGUACCGAGAGGUAGGUAAAACAAAUACACCUACAGGGGAACUCGUAAUACCGAGAGGUAGGUAAAACAAAAACAGGGGAAAUCGUGAUAUCUAAUUUAGGCCCUAUCCAUCACACAUUGAUCUCAGUUGGGCCCUAUCCAUCACACAUUGAUCUCAGUUAGGCCCUAUCCAUCACACAUUGAUCUCAGUUAGGCCCUAUCCAUCACACAUUGAUCUCAGUUAGGCCCUAUCCAUCACACAUUGAUCUCAGUUAGGCCCUAUCCAUCACACAUUGAUCUCAGUUGGGCCCUAUCCAUCACACAUUAGCACAGUUUCAGUGAAAGUUGGGAUAACAAAACUAUUUAUUUAUUUUAGUCCUGUAUUUAUUUACAGCGGUAUUUAUUACAGAAACUCAUCGUUUAUUCAAUUCAUUUUUUGAAGCUCAUUACAGACAUUUUUACCCCUACGCUUUCGCCGAAGUAGAUAACGUUUUUAAGCCUCGGACUACGGCACUACGACGAGAAAAAAACUAGCCAACAAUUUUUUUUUGUUUGUUUUUUUUCAAAAAAAAAAAAAAAAAAUAACCAAAAAUUUUUUUUUUUUUUUUUUUUUUAAAAAAAAAAAAAAAAAAAAAAAAAAAAAAAAAUUUGUGGUGUUUUCAGUCAAACAGUUACCACAUUUUUUGUGUUAACACCGGGAGCAAUGGAAUAAGAGCACAAUUGAUUGACAUGUGCGGUUUUGAUCUCAAUGAGUCAACCAGAACAUAUUUUUAUUUUAGUUUAGAGGCUGUGUUAUUUGUACUUACCAGCCGGGUCCACUUAUUGUAGCCUUAAUGUUGCUCAUCGAUUUGAUUGGGCAUCAUGCUAGGGGUUUCCCCUUGAUUGCGCAUGCGCUUUCCAAGUUUCAGAGGCAUUCGUAAUUAUUUUUUUAAAAGGAAAUACAUUUCGUAACGUAAUAUCUUGGACUUUAUUCUCUUCAUUUCACCUAUCAAGAUAUUUAAGGGUAAGUGAAGUGUAAAACCAUUUUGAUUAAAAUCAACAAUUAUAUUAAUGUGGGUUUUUCUAGCUUUUAAAUGUUAGAUAGACAUUGUAAAUAGAAUAAAUUAAGACUAUGACUAUGACAGCUAUGCGUCCCAUCACUAAAAAAAAUGAAUGGUCAGUCCAUUCUAUAAUCUAUUAAAUCUUGGACUGUGGACUUAAAAAAAGACUAACUUUUCUCUAAGCUUAGCCUACUUCUUUUUCGGCUUUGCGGUAAGCCUAAUGAUAUUUAAAAAAAAAAAUACUAUUGCGAAUAAUAGUUAUAAUAGAAGCUUACGGUAUUAGUCGUAGUUCUAACCUAUGCCUAUUGCCUAUGCCAUGAUUAUAACUAUCAAAGUAGAGAUACGUGACCGGAGUACUUUGUUAACUUAGAUUUAGUAUAUAUACUUUUUAAAGUCUUCAAUUUAACAUCUAGUCUUUAAAAAUUAGUAAAGGCCUAAGUUAUUAUAUUUUAUUUCUUAAUUCACAAAUUAAUAAUAUUGACACAUUAGCACUAAAAGGCCACCAUUUACAUUUCAAUUUUCAUCGUUCCAAAUGUUCUUGACACCAAUUCUCCAGCACUUCGUCGGCUCAGGCUUACGUCACUUAGGCCUGUUAUUGUAUCUCUAAUGUCUACCAGAUUGAUACUGGUAUAAAUGGUAUAAAGGUCUAUAUAACAUUUAUGAAUCUUUUGGAACCUAAUAUGAUAAUAAUGUAUUAAUUCAUUUUUGUUUCUAUAUUCAGGGUUUAGGGUUAAUAAAAUAAUGGAUAACAAUAGCACAAUUAAACACUGAUGGUUAGGAGAGCAGCCAAGGUUUAAAUAUUGGUAAUGGUUAGGGAAACAAUCAAGGUUUAAAUAUUGAUAAUGGUUAGGGGAACAAUCAAUGUUUAAAUAUUGAUAAUGGUUAGGGGAACAAUCAAUGUUUAGAUACUGAUGAUGGUUAGUGGAGCAACCAAUGUUUAAAUACUGAUGAUGGUCAGGUGAGACAGUCUCAUGGACCACAAGGAGGCGAAAAUGUUUAAGAAGAAAAGACGAUCAUGUCCACUUCUAAAACUUCUCAGUCAAGCUCUCAAUUUAUGUGUCCAGAUUUGAAACCUUGAUUACAAAGGGAGUCUAUUCUAACUUUUCAUUUUCCUUACAUGAAAAAAGACCCUGAGGAAUGAUUCCACAAAUGAAAUGAUAUUUUAUACUUGUGUUGGGUAGAAUCUCGAAUAAAUUUUUCACAUUGCUUAACUUUUUUAGGAUUUUAAAAUUCAAAGCAAAAAAUCAUUAACACUUUCAUGUUAAAAUGAUGAAAAAUUUGCGCUAUUGCUAGGAAAUUUAAUAAAUAUAUACAUGUGUACAACUUUAUUGGUUGAUUGUGUUUCAAUAUUGUUUUUAAACAUUUUACAAAUACAUACUUGUUUUUAUUGUAACCAAAACAUGAAUUUUAGCUCAGAUAUUCCUAUCAGUCAAGCAAGUCUAGGCAGUCAAACUAUUUUGUGCUUGCCUAAGACCUUUUCUCAUCCUUAAGAAACCAAUCAGAGGACUUUAUCCGGUGUAUUUAUUUGUGAUAACUUAUAUAAUCAGUUGAGUGGAUUUCCUGACACAACUUGUAUAUUGUUUGCCAACCUUCCACCCUCUCUCCCCCCACGGCUAAUUCACCAAACUACUCUCUGGAGCUUGAAACUAGGUUUUUGAAGCUGGAAACUAUUCUGUCACUCACCCAGGGUUAAACAGGUCUGAAACUACAGCGUGUGCACAAUGAAAGUCUUGACAUGUGAUACACAAAUAUAGAAGCAGGGAUAUUUCGUUACGCGCUGUUUAAUAGAGCGAAAAAAAGUCUCUGUUACAAACCUAUUCUUACUUAAUAGGUUCGUUGGCUUCGUUGUCUAGGGGUUUUUAAUUAUAUACACUUCACAACUAUAAUUCUUAGAUAAAAUAUCUUUAUUCAUCAACUAAUUCCUCAACUGCCUUUACUGUACUCAAAGAACAACACUCGACACCCAAAUCUACAAUAAUAAUACGCCAUAUCCCUUUCACACAAUACGUCACAAGAUACUAAGAAUAACAGAUAAAACAACGCAUAUAAUCUCAAACCAACACGCAAUCACACUAUAUACUCAAGUCCCUAACAGUCUCCGUAGGUGCAAAGAGCAAUGUAUUUAUUUAUAUUCUACUGGAAUAAAUGACCCAAUGUUAUCGGUGUAAUAAAAGUAGGUCCUUUGGGAUAAUUUCUAACUGCCAUUGCAAAAACUUAUCCCAAUUCACGACUUUUAAAAUGUAAUGAUAUUCACGUUUCUAACAUCAUUAAGUUUUGAGAAGUGUUUAUCUGCUCUAUAUGAUACACGUACCCUACACCCUUUCACGCUCCUAAACUCUUUUUCCCUCUCAUAACAUGACCUUAAAUUACCCAGUCUAAAUUAUCACCAAUUAUAUCACUUUUGUCACUAAAGAAGUUAAUUGAAGGACAAUUAAUUACGCUAGAGAGAUACUUUAGAUUUACCCUUUUUCGUGCCCUUGAAUUACAACUUUUUGCUCUCAAAAUUAAAAAAAACCUAUUCUUAAAUUUACAACAAAAAAUCUAUUUAUGAUAUAAAUAUAUUUUGUAUUAUAGGAAUUCAAUGUAUAUUGUUGUCUUCAUAAAAAAUUUCACGCCUAAAUCAGAUUUGACUGUCUUAAAAAAAUUAAAUUGUUAAUCUCAUAAAAAUACACAACUCUUUACUUUUCGCAAAGUAACAACAAUAAUAUAUUUUCAUUUAAACGAAAAAGAGAAAAUAUUAACCCAUCUUCAUUUGUCAAAAUGUAAUUUUCAAGUGUGUAAAAUGAUUGGGUUUGGAUAUUCAUAAAUGUACUUAUAUAAAUAUACCCUAGAUUUGUUAACGCCAUUGAUCUUCUUAAUUGGUAAACAUAUGUUUAUUUGUAAAAAGAGAAUUUAAAAUUUUUUCACAAAUGUGAUACCAUAGGAUUUAAAUAUAUUGUCAUCCACGUAAAAAUUUACACAUCCUUUUUCCUAUCUCCGAUAUGUAUGCAACCAAAAAGGUUAAUUAUUAAUACAAUUAAUUUCUUUAUUUUGGGACGUAUCUUGUAUUGCCUUGGGCUAAAAGAACAGACCAAUAUUUGUAAAAAGAGCAUUUUUCCCCCCAAAUGUAACCAUAGGAGUUAACUCCGUUGUCAUCCACGUAAGAAUCUACACAUCUUAUUUCCUACUUCUGACAUGUCUUUACCCACGGAAAUUAAUUAUUUAUCAAAUUCAUCCCUUUAUUUUGAGACUUAUCUUGUGCAGCCUUGAGAAAAAUGAACAUACACAUAUUUGUUAAAAUAGAAUGCAAAAUCUUUUCCCCCAAAUGUAAUACCAUAGGAUUUAAAUAUAGCGUCAUCCACGUAAAAAUGUACACAUCCUAUUUCCUACCUCCGAUAUGAAUGUACCCAAGAAGGUUAAUUAUUUAUCAAAUUCACUCCUUUAUUUUGAGACUUAUCGUGUGCUGCCUGGGGUAAAGUGACCAACCCCUCCCCCACCCAGAUUUAAAUAAAUUUAGAAAAUAUUCCACCGGAUUGUAGUCCCUUCCAUAUUUGUAUGAGGUAUAAGCUGAUUAGUGAAUGCUAUUUGGCUAUGGAGCUGCGCUACACUGAUUGACUUAAACCGCAAUUUCUUAUUAGAAUUAUAUUUAAAGGUUAGUUUUUUUUUACGUUGUAAAUUUAAUGAAAGCAAUUUUUUGGAAUAAAAAAAGGCAAAACUUUUUCAAUGUGUCUUUUAUUAACAGGCGAAAUAGGCUAUUCGCACUAUGACGUCAUUUGUGUGAUUAUUUAGAACAAACUAUUAUUAAUUUUAUUUCUCAAUAUUAACAACGCACUAAGAGACGCAUUAAAAACGCUUUAUGCUUGAGUUUUCCCUAUAAAUGUUAAUACGGUGUAAUUCUUUGAUCAUGAUUUUUUUUCAUAAUCUUAAAACACAUUUAAAAUGCUUUAAAUAGUUCCUUAGUUGAUACAUUAAAUGUAUUUGUAAUUUAUAAUAAUAAUACUUAAACGUUUACUAAGACAAAAGCGGAUUUAGAAUAUUUUUUGCGCAUUUAAAUUGAUUCGAUUUCCGUAAAAUAAUAGAAAAUAACCACGAUUGUUUUCAGGAAUCCGAACGUACUUAAAUCGUAUCACCCCUUUGGCGUUAUGUCACUCUAGCUCAUUCUUAUAUAUAUAAGGGCAAAGAAACUAUUCUAAUUUCUAAAUGCGAUUCUUAAAACAGAAUGAAUUUUGAUAUUUUACCACAGACAGCAAAAGGUACGCCACAGUAGGGGUGGGUGUAUUUUAUACGUAUAGCAAUAUCUCAAGGCUCAAACAUAUUACACCGGAAAUUGGUAUGCAAAUACAUUUAAAACGAAGCAAAUAAUGUAUUAAAUCUUCUUCAGAAAACACAUUUCAUGCGGAUGGAAAGGGAUGUGUACAUUGUUACUUGGAUAACUAGCGCACAUAUUCUGUUGAGGGUUAGGGAUUACUCUAGUAUGACCCCGGCUAGUACAAUGGCUACCAGCUCCAUCUGUUGAGUUGUGCCAUAUAAGGUUGUCUUCCCGUAGGGCUCUCCCGCCACCCUGGCCUCCCCUGAUACAUUUAGUCACUGGCAUUCGGUCAACAGUUGCGCUAGACCAGGCUACAAUGCCGGCAGGUAGGGUCCCUGUUAUGGUCUAGCCUAUUGAAAUAUGUGGCGAUUGGGACAGUACUCGGUAUGCAUCUGUGUCGCUAGACUCUGCUAUCUGCGACCUAACCCCCACCAUGGUUCUUGUCUGCUGAGAGACGGCAUGUUAGUGAAGGUGCCUCUGGCAGUCAUGCUGUCUGUCCACUGCCUGAUCAUGCUGUCUGCCAACUGCAUGGUCGUGCUGUCUGACCACUGCCUGAUCGUGCUGUCUGCCCACUGCAUGGUCGUGCUGUCUGCCCACUGCCUGAUCAUGCUGCCUGCCCACUUUCUUGUCAUGCUGUCUGCCCACUUCCUGGUAGUGCUGCCUGCACACUUACUGGUCGUCCUGUCUGCUCAACGCCUGGUCAUGCUGUCUGCCCACUGCCUGGUUGUGCUGUUUGCCCACUGCCUGUGAAAUUUUGUGAGAAAAUGGUGUACUUGGAUAGCUAUAUUUUUCAAUAAAUGAAAUUACAACCAUGACAAGAGGUUUUAGAUUUUUAAAAAAAAUAUAUGUUUUUAACAAUGUCGGAAAAGACAGACUGACGACGUUGACACGCUAUGGACACAUUUCCAUAAGUAGACACAAAGCGCAAAACUCAAUGAAGUUGGAAAGGGGAAUAAAAAGGGGUGGUCACAUAUUUAUGACCAUAGCAAUAUAAUUAUAUUGAGAAAUUUAUUGUAAACAUUUGGUGAAAAUACAUUUCAAUUGAGAGAGAACAAGCUUGGGAAAGUGUUUAUGUUGAUAACAAUAUCUGAAACCCACGAUCUGAUUUUACGUCAAAUUUCUUUUUGAACGCACUACAUUAUAUAGUAAAACAAAAUAAUGCGUGUGGACUGAAAAAAGAAUUCGACCAAAUAUCCAUUCGAUCAAAUUUCCGUCGAUCAAUUUUUGCGUCACCGAUGUUUCAUUCAAAUAAAUUUCCGGAUACGAUCACAGAGUUAACUUUUGGGAGAUGGUCGCAUUACUCGCAAUGUAAUUCAAAAUGUGUACUUUCCGUGGGAGUGUUCAAUUAGCUAUAAACAUGAUUAUCCGAACCGGCCAUGGUACCAAUUAGUUCGGAAAAUCUACGCCUUUUUUAGAAUGUAUCUCUUCUCAUUCUGCACAUAUUUUAUCAGUUACCAUUUUAUUCACAUACUUCAGUCACCUGAUUUUUAUAUCUUUUUUUCUCAGGACAAAAGUUUGGUCUACUUACCAACAAAUGAAUGUCUCACUGCCGGUGUCACAGAUAGCAAAGUGUCUUUAACUCCAUGUCACCCAGGCAACAAAUGGCAACAAUGGCAUGUGCAGCGAAGACGGAGUGAUCUCAACUUUCCUAAAUAGACUGUGACGCCAUCUUAACUCAUCAAAGCUAUUUUAUAAGUCACAAUAAAUUCUUGUCAACAAAGAGUUUGAGCCUGUUUCCGAGAUUAAAGCUUGUGUAGUAGUUGCUAGUGUAU